GGGGGAAGGGGGAGGGGGGGCUGGGAGAGUUGAGGCCGCGCUGCCGGCGGGGUCUCCGGCCUUGGGGCCUCUUAGCGGCCGCAAGAAGAGGCGGCUGGGGGCGGGGGGAGAGGGGCCGGGGCCCGCGCUCCCCCAGCCCCGGAGGAGGCCGAGGCGAAGGGAAGGACAAACGGACGGACCCAUUCCAGCGGCCGGACAUCACCCCCCACACACACACACACCCCCUCACCCCGUCCUCCGCCGGGGAUCAUGGCCGGGGCCGGGGCAGCUGCCGCUGCGGCCAGGAGCGCCCUGCCGGCCGUAAGAAGAAAUUAUAAUAUAUAGACAAUCUCCUGGCAGAAGAUGAUACAUAUGGAUCAGAAACAGAAGUAAGAAGGUGGAAACCAGGAAUCCAAAGUGAAGAAAUACUGUGAGCCUUUUUGGAUGAGAAAGGUCCUCCUCUCUAUAACCAUGCCAGAGAUGACUGAAAAUGAAACUCCUACAAAGAAGCAGCACCGAAAGAAAAAUCGGGAGACACACAAUGCAGUGGAGAGGCAUCGAAAGAAGAAAAUUAAUGCUGGGAUCAAUCGAAUUGGAGAACUUGUCCCUUGUUCACCUGCACUAAAGCAGAGCAAGAAUAUGAUUCUGGAUCAAGCCUUUAAGUACAUAACAGAAUUAAAAAGGCAAAAUGAUGAGCUCUUACUCAAUGGAGGAAACCACGAACAAGCUGAAGAAAUUAAAAAACUGCGGAAACAGCUGGAAGAAAUCCAAAGGGAAAAUGGCCGUUAUAUUGAAUUACUGAAAGCAAAUGACAUUUGCCUAUACGAUGAUCCUACAAUCCACUGGAAAGGAAAUCUCAAAAAUGCAAAAGUUUCUGUUGUUAUUCCUAGUGACCAGAUUCAAAAGAACAUCAUCGUCUAUUCAAAUGGAAGUCAACCUGGUGGAAAUAGCCAAGGGACAGCUGUUCAGGGAAUAACAUUUAAUGUAGGUCAUAAUUUACAAAAGCAGACUGCUAAUGUUGUACCAGUAAAAAGGACUUGCAAUCUGAUGACUCCUGUGUCUAAUGCUGGAGUUUAUCCCCCUGAAAAUAAGCCAUGGCAUCAGACCACAGUUUCCUCCUUGGCUGCUAGCCAGUCUGUUCCUCUUUGUCUUCCUGCUGCCAUUCCUGCUCAGAACAUUCUUGAACUUUCCACCUCAGAAAGUGAGUCAAGUGUGCUUAAUUCCAACAGCUCACAGAUUAUCCUUCCAUCUGGAUCUGAAUCCCACCAACCAAAUUCCUCAAAUAUACCACCAAGUGGUCAGAAUGCUUCUGAAAGCAAAAAUGGACAAGAGAGCCCCAAGUUACCGAAGACUGUGUCUUGUGCUACCAGCAUCCCCCCUAGCACUUCUGGCCUUUCCUUUCAAGUACAACAUGGAAACAAAUCUUGUCCAGGCUUGCAGCACUUUAGAAGUGAUUGCCAGGACAACUUUGUGGCACUAGGUGCUGAUAUGGCUUGCUCCCAGACUCUGAGACCUUCAGUCCCUAGGAAUUCCUCUCCGUUGAGCAUUAAUAAGAACACAGACUUAAUGAGUAGAGCUGGUGUAGAGACACCCUCUGUAGCUCUCGCAGUCAAGCCUGCAACUUCUGUAAGCAUGGUCUCGGCAAGUCAUUUAGACAGUGGUUGGUCUCUUUCUUGCUCUUUGCCUUCUUCAAGUGUUAGUGCUUCUGAUUUGAAAAAUAUAAACAGCCUUACCCGCAUCCCCUCAUCUGGAAACACACAGACCACAUGGACUACGUUGCAACUGGCAGGAAACACUGUUCAGCCAUUAAGCCAGACACCAUCCACUAUCGUGACCCCAAUAUUAAAUGAGCCGGGCACUGGUACCUCAGCUACCAACCACAGUAGACACAUGGCUUCAAACAUCAGUUUGAAUGGCUCAUUUCCUACAGAUGGGCAGCAGAUUGAGCAAGUAGUCGUGACCUUGCCUUCUUGUCCAUCUUUACCUAUGCAGCCACUAAUUGCUCAACCAACAGUUAAAACUCAGCCUCCCCCAAAUAUCCUUCCAUUUAAUUCAACAAUGCAAGUAAUUCAGAUGGCUCAGCCAGUUGGGUCAGCUGUUAAUGCAGGCCCAGCUAAUCCAAAUGUUAUCAUUCUUCAGCCACCUACUACCACACCAUGCCCAGGAGUCAUGAGAGAAGUUCCCAAUCAAACAGUGGGUCAACAGAUAGUGAUUAUACAGGCAGCUAAUCAGAAUCCUUUGCCACUCCUCUCUGCUCCACCUCCAAGUUCUGUUCGUGUCUCUGUUAAUGGAGCCAGUCCUGUAGUAGUGUCUAAUAAUUCCAUGCAAAAUGUUUUGACUCCACAAACAUUUGGAGGAAAGCACCUCGUCCAUAUAUUACCGAGGCCUUCAUCAUCAUCAUCAUCAAAUUCUACACAGACUUUUUCUGUUACCAUGUCAAACCAACAGCAGCCUCAAACUAUUUCUUUAAAUGGACAGUUAUUUGCUUUGCAGCCUGUAAUGUCCUCAACGGGAGCUACAAAUCAAACCCCUAUGCAAAUUAUUCAACCUACCACCAGCGAAGAUCCAAAUACCAAUGUUGCCCUGAAUACAUUUGGUGCUUUGGCCAGCCUCAAUCAAAGCAUCUCACAAAUGGCUGGGCAAAGCUGUGUACAAUUGGCUAUCAGCCAGCCUGCCAAUCCUCCACCUGCUACUACUAGUCGCAUCACUCCAGUUAACUGUGUUUCAUUACCAACUACUGCAGCAUCUCCCAUAACUACUGAAAACACAACAGUACUACCCAGCACUGCUAAUCAAAUGAACACUUCUCCAGUGAAAGCUCUCACUAGUUUGCCUUCUAAUGUGAAAUCAAAAAGAGUGAAUAAGAAACCAGGACCUAAAAAACAUGUAACUAACAAGUCAGCAUGCCUGGCAAAUCCUAUUAGGGAUUCGGGGAAAUUAGAUUGUGCCAACACAGAGGGAUCCAGUGAGCAGUCAUGUGCCGAUGGGCUGCUUGAAAGCCUACCUGUGGUAUUAACUCCUACUGUUGAAUCUCAAGCAAACAGUGUGAGUGUUUCUGAUUCUCAUGCCUUUGAGGGUGUAAAUUCGGAACCUAUAGUCUCAGAGUCUAAUUCAUUAGAAGUAUCCCAUUCACCCUCCCAAGAACCCGUGACGGUUGAACAUUUUGUAUUGGCCUCAACUAAGGAUUCUGUGUCUGCCUUGCAAUCAGGGAGAUCUCAAAGUAAACCAACAGCUAGUGCAGAAUUGUCAGAUUCUUCCAAGUCCUGCAUUUCGCCUGGUAUCUUGGUUCCCUCUCCAAAUGAUCCACAUAUUUUGGUUUCUCAGGUUCCUGCAUCCUCAUCAACCCAAAGCAUUACAAGUACCAACAGUGCUUCCGAAGUGGAAAUUGCUGCUGAGCCAUGCAGACAAGAUUCAGCAGUUGCAAUGCAAGCCACAGGCUUAUUAAAGGGACAUGGUUUAACUGCAUUGCUCUCUGACCUUACUAAAGAAAAAGAUGGUCAGAAAACCCCUCUCUCAUCCCAGGUGGACCAUCCUAACUUCUCUUCAGAAAACUCUAAAAUCAUUGGAUCAGGUAUUGAUUUGCCUCAGAAACAGGAGCUAUUGCUGAUGAACAGUGACAGUGGGAAUUUACCACAGCAUCAUUCCUGUAUUCCCGAUCAAGAGGCCAUUAGUAGCUCUUUGCUUGCCAGCAGGCAGGCCGACUCCCCCAUGUCACCUAGCUCUGGUAGUAGUCGAGGUUUCUCAGUUGCAUCCAUGCUUCCUGAUGCCACUAGAGAAGAUGUUACCAACAGUACUUCAGCUAAUACAUGUGACAGCUGUACUUUUGCAGAACAAACCGACAUAGUAGCACUUGCAGCAAGAGCUAUUUUUGAUCAAGAGAACCUUGAGAAGGGAAGAGUUGGUGCCCAGGCUGAUAUCCAGGAAACUCCUCCAAAGCCAUCUGAAGCUUCAUCUUUAGAGGGAGACCAGUCUUUCAAAACACAGACAGCAAAAGAGAGUACCACAGGAAAGGUAGAAGUGACAGCAAAUGAAUUUAAUUCCCAGGAUCCAGUUCAAGCAAAUGUAGAUAGGUCUCUUGAAAAACCAAGUUGUUCAGUAUCAACUGAAACAUCAAAUGCCUCUAUACAGGUUUCAACUUCUCAGUCCCCAAGCAUUUCCAGUUUAAGUGUUAAUAAUCUUAUCCAUCAGAGUAGCAUCAGCCAUCCUCUAGUAAGCUGCUCAGAGCAAUCGACUAUUCCUGCAACAGUGAAUCUAUCAGUUUCGUCUAGUUCCUAUGCCAACCAGCCUUCUGAAUCAUCCCUGAUGACUGAAUAUUCCCAAGACCAGCUAAGUACCAUGACUAAUAAUGUACCAAAUUCACAAAUUCAGGAAUCACACUUAAAGUCAAGUCAUGACAGCCGUAAGGACCCUGCCAAGCGUCCUGUUCAAGAUGAUCUUUUACUUUCUACAGCCAAAAGGCAAAAACAUUGUCAGCCAGCACCCCUCAGACUUGAAGGUAUGACCCUGAUGAGCCGGACACCUGACAGCAUUGCUGAGCAAACUCAGAUGAUGGUUGGUCAAAUCCCUUCUAACUCUUCAAACUCAGUGGUGCCUGUUAGCAACCCAGGGCAUGUGGAUGACCUUUCUCGGUUAUUUCCAUCCAGCAACAACUUUGUCACACCUGCUUUGCGACAACCUGAAGUUCAGUGCAAUUCACAGCCUUCAAUGGCUGAGCAGCAGCAAAGCCAGGCAGGAAGUCAGCAUCUGCAACCCUUGCAGCAGCAUGUACCUCCUGCUCAAGGCAUCUCUCACCUUCACAACAACCAUCCGUAUUUAAAGCAACAGCAGCAACAGCAACAAGCAGGACAGUUAAGAGACAGACAUCACUUAUAUCAACUGCAGCAUCAUGUGCCUCAUGCAGACAGUUCCAUUCAUUCACAGCCCCACAAUGUACAUCAGCAAAGGACUAUACAGCAGGAAGUUCAGAUGCAAAAGAAAAGAAGUCUUGUCCAGGGAACUCAAGCCCCUCAGCUUUCAAUACAGCAGAAGCAUCAUGCGAGUGAUCAGCCACGACCCAAAGGUGGUCAGCCUCAUCCCCACCAUCAACAGAUCCAACAACAGAUGCAACAGCAUUUUGGAGGUUCCCAAUCAGAAAAAAGUUGUGAGAAUCCUUCAACAAGCCGGACCCACCAUAACCACCCCCCCAACCAUCUAAAUCAAGAUAUUAUGCAUCAGCAACAGGAUGUUGGAACUAGACAACAGGGUUCAGGAGUUUCUUCUGAGCAUGUGAGUGCACACAACCCAAUGCAACGACUUAUGCCACCUAGAGGGUUGGAGCAACAAAUGGUAUCCCAGCCAAGUAUUGUAACAAGGUCUUCAGAUAUGACCUGCGCGCCACAUAGGCCAGAAAGAAAUCGAGUUUCAAGUUAUUCUGCAGAAGCACUCAUUGGAAAAACAUCAUCUAAUUCAGAGCAAAGAAUGGGCAUAUCAGUUCAGGGUCCUAGGGUUUCAGAUCAGCUUGAAAUGAGAAGUUAUCUUGAUGUUCCAAGAAAUAAAGGUCUAGCCAUUCAUAAUAUGCAGAGUCGUGUAGAUCACACUGUUGCCUCGGAUGUUCGUCUUUCUGACUGUCAGACAUUUAAGCCAAGUGGGGCUAGCCAACAGCCCCAGACUAAUUUUGAAGUACAAUCCUCAAGAAACAAUGAAAUAGGUAAUCCUGUGCCAUCUCUGAGGGGCAUGCAAUCCCAGGCCUUUAGAAUUAGUCAAAAUACAGGGCCACCUAUUGAUCGACAAAAGAGAUUACCUUAUCCACCAGUUCAGAGCCUGCCAGCUGGAAAUGCAAUUCCUCCUAGGGACAAUGAAAAUGCAUGUCACCAGAGUUUUAUGCAGAGUUUGCUUGCACCUCAUCUAGGUGAUCAGGUCAUUGGGAACCAACGAUCAAUCUCAGAACAUCAGAGGAAUUCACAGUGUGGCCCAUCUUCUACAAUUGAAUAUAACUGUCCUCCAGGCCAUGAGAGCAUCCAUAUUCGAAGAGAGAGCGAGAGUCAGAAUAGAGAAAGCUGUGACAUGUCUUUGGGUGCUAUUAACACCAGGAACAGUACUUUGAAUAUCCCUUUUUCAAGCUCUUCUUCCUCAGGGGAUAUUCAGGGUCGAAACACAAGCCCCAAUGUAUCUGUACAAAAGUCUAAUCCCAUGAGAAUGACUGAAAGUCAUGGAACCAAGGGCCACAUGAAUCCCCCAGUUACUACUAACAUUCAUGGGGUAGCACGGCCAACUCUGCCUCAUCCGGCUGUAUCUCAUGGGAGUGGUGAUCAAGGGCCUCCUUCAGUUCGUCAGCCAAAUUCUUCAGUAACCCAGCGAUCAAGGCAUCCCCUACAGGAUGGCAGUGGUGGUUCCAAAAUCCGUCAGCCUGAAAGGAAUCGUUCUGGAAACCAAAGACAUAAUAACGUCUUUGAUCCUAGUCUUCCCCACCUCCCUCUGUCUACCAGUGGCAGUAUGAUUAUUGGACGUCAGCAAUCCUCUACAGAGAAGAGAGGAAGUAUUGUUCGUUUUAUGCCUGAUGGCCCACAAGUACCUAAUGAUAGUUCAGCCCCAGACCAACACACUUUGUCUCAAAAUUUUGGAUUCCCAUUUAUUCCAGAGGGUGGUAUGAAUCCACCCAUCAAUGCCAAUACUUCUUUCAUUCCACAAGUUACACAGCCCAGUGCCACUAGAACCCCAGCGCUCAUUCCAGUAGAUCCCCAGAAUACAUUGCCUUCCUUCUAUCCUCCUUAUUCCCCUGCUCACCCCACACUGUCCAAUGAUAUUUCAAUCCCUUAUUUUUCUAAUCAGAUGUUCCCAAAUCCUAGCACAGAGAAGGUAAACAGUGGAGGUUUAAAUAACCGAUUUGGAACAAUAUUAUCUCCUCCCAGGCCCGUUGGAUUUGCUCAACCAAGUUUUCCUCUUCUCCCUGAUAUGCCACCAAUGCACAUGACCAACUCUCACUUGUCCAAUUUUAACAUGACAUCUUUGUUUCCAGAGAUAGCCACAGCUCUUCCUGAUGGCUCAGCAAUGUCUCCUUUGCUUACAAUAGCAAAUUCCUCAGCAUCUGACUCUUCCAAACAGACCUCAAACAGACCUGCCCACAACAUAAGCCAUAUUCUAGGUCAUGAUUGCAGUUCAGCAGUUUAAACACUGAUAGAAACUAAAUGUGAUGAGUGAGAUUAUAUAUUUGUGUAUAUGUAAAUAUAUAUAUGUACAUAUAUAUAUAUAUAUUCAUGUGUGCAUGUGUAUAUAGUCCAUUUUCUGUUAUCCACACUAGGGAAGCAACAGCAGAGAUAAUCCAAAAAAGAAAAGUGGCUUAUUGAAAGAAAUUACACUUAAACUUGAAAUGCACUAUGACUUUUCUCCCAGUGGAUUUUCCAAGUAUCACUUAGGGUGCUUUGUAUUUCUUGGGAACAAAUCAAAUGGUAUUAGAGAUAGACCAACCUUGUAUUGGCUGGUAGGUGAGAAGGAGCUUAGUUUCAAAACCUAUUUUUAUAGAUAAAAAUAAUAACAUAAUGUAAAAACAUUAUGGCUAAUGACCAAGUUCUGGUUAAUGUUCAUAAUGGAAAGCAGAACAAUGAACAAAUAUGUGAAUUAUAUUCCCCCCCCCCCCAAUUGGUUUAUUUUUUUAAAAGGUUAUUGCCUUGAUUUACAAAGCUCAAGUAAAUUAAAAAUCAUUUGAAUUUCAUAAGUCUUGCAUUUCAAAAUAGGGAGCCAAAUUCAAUAGACACUUUUUAAUAUGUUUGAUCCUGAAGUCAAAAGCCUUUAAGUAUUAGCCUCAGCAAUAGGAUACACUUAGAACUAGAAGGGACCUUAUAGAUCAUCUAAACCAACCCCCUUAUUUACACAAGAGAAAACUAAGGCCCACCAACUUUCCCAAACCGAUUUUUUUUUUUUUUGGAAAAUCCGUAUUUCAGUUUCUUCAUCCUUUUUGGAAAGUAGGUCUUUUCCAUAAAGACAAAUACCCAGUAAGUACUUGAUCAAUUGGGCUUAUUCUUUAACUGAUUUCCUUUGCAUUUGUUAAUCAUUAGUUCCUGUUAAGGAUAAUAUAUUGAAUUUCACAGGAUUGGUUGAGUUUUUCAUUUCUCAGCAGAGAAAUAUUUUCAGAUUGCCUAAUAAAUAGAGGGCCGGCCUUGAAGGUAGGAGGACCCAGAUUUAGGUCUUGCCUCUGACUUAUACUUUGUGGACCUAGGCAAGUGAUUUAACCCCUCAGUGCUCUAAGCUGCUCUCUUAAGGCCAUAAAUUGUUGAAAGUUACUGAUUUGCAUUAGAAUAAGGAAUUACCUCAUUUCUUAAUACCCUAGAUGAGUAAAAUCAUAUAGUCCAACCAUCCCUAUUGUUUGAUAGCCUGCCCCUAUCUUUACUAAUUUGUCUAAUAUAUGAUUUAUUUCACAAAAAUACACAGAUUUCUCUUCAGGAAAUUUCUAACUAUUCUUCCCUAGCAUGAAUAUUAAGGAGCUUAAUCCUCAUUUGAAAAAAAUCUUUAAAUUUGGGAGAAAAAUAAAUAUAUAUACACAGGUCUAUAUGCAGAAAAUGGCUUGUUGACAGGUCUACUUGCCUACAAAUGUACAGAUAAGACCUACUUCAAGAAUGAGAGAAAGCCUUUUAAAAAGUUUUUUGGAUAAAUGACUAUUUCAGAAACUUCAUUUUAUCCAACUAGUUAACAAGGCAGUGACUGAGAUUGCUCAUAAUUUCCCUGGCCACCUUUUUAGCAGGUAUUUAAUGCCACAACAAAGUGAUGAGUCAGUGAUGGUGAAUGACUUGUAUUCAUUAUUCCAAAUGCUGUGCUAAUGGAGUGAACCCAAGGGACCACACCUUCUACAGCAUAACCCCCACCCCCAUCCCCCAUGGUAGAGUCUCUGAAGUUUUGGUCAGGACAGUUUACCCCUGUUAAUACCUCUUCUAAAGACUCAUCAGUAGGGUCAUUUGUGCCUCUUUAGCUGCUCUGGCCAAUCUCAGUUGCUUUUGCCACUCAGGAAAGCAGCUUCCUGGGCUUGGGAGAGGUUGUAGUUGUUGUGAGGAUCAAAUGAGAUAAUGUUUGUGAAGCUUUUUGUAAACUUACAUAAAUGUAAGCUAUUAUUUUUCAUCCCCUCAAAGUUCUUUUUCUCUCAAAAUUUAGUGUGUGUGAGGGGGGUUCAAAUUAAGGGACGAUGAACAUAGUAAAUAAAUAGCAGGAAGGAGGGCAAGACAUGUUUUUGGACUUUUUUGGGGAUUUUAAUCUAUAAAAUCAAGCUUUUCCCUAUACUUUAUCAGCUCCUGUCUGUCAGAAGGUGCGCAAGUUUGGGAAUAUAGACCAUAUGUGAAUAUGCACUUCUGUAGAACCCUUUAUGACCCGUUGGAAACCUGAAAGCCAUUAGGUCUACCUUGAGCUAAGCAGAAGAAACAUAAGCUUGAAGUAGGAAAGUGUUCAGCUGCCUUUUUCUGAAAAGUCCUUAAAACCCAAAUAUUUCCCAAGUACCUUUUAAUGAGCUUAUUGCUUUAUUCUGCUCAGGUCUAGCCAAAGGUAGUUACUCAUUUGCAUUACACUUACCUUUAGGUGUGCGGACAUUCUGAUUUUUGAAUGGCCCUAAAUGAUCCUCCCUAUUUGGUCCAGGUCCAUCCUUCCCCCUACUAGUCUCAAGAUGUGGCUACUGAUACAGGCAGGGGCGGGGAUAGGGGAAAGAGGUUUCCCUGCUGUAGGCUUAUACUUAUGUACUUACAUAUAACAGUACUAAGGAGAGCAUUUCAGAUGAGGCCUCAAAUACAAAAAUAAAUUGUAAUUGCUAUAUAUUGAUGUACAUGCUCUUAUUUGGAUUUGAAAACGCCAGUGCCUAUGGUGAUAUAUCCUAGCAGUAUUAAAUAUGUGCUAUAUAAAUCUUGGCAAUUGAUUCUAUAAUAAUGAGUGAUCUAAAGUUUUGGGCAGUGGAACAUGAACGGGUUAUUUUUAUGGGAAAAAAAUUAAGCUCACAAUUGGGUUGGAGAUUGAAGCCAAUUCUAGAGAUGAUUUUAUGAUCUGAUUAGUUAUUGUUAACUAACUCCAAAUCAGUAUAGUUGGAGAAUCAGUGAUUACCCUUUAAUUCAUGGAUUCUUUUUGUCUUUGCUUCAGUAUUGGUUUAGAAUUGGUUAUGGAAAAAUUAACAUUGAAACAUUUAAUUUCUCUUACGGAUAACUAUUUUUAAUGAGUAGAAAGAUUCAAAGUUCUGUUUUGUGUAAUUUUUAUAUAAUCAUCAAAGAUGAAAGUAAUCAUGUUUGAUACCAAUCAUUGACUUUGUCACACAGCAGGUUAAUGGAGGUAGAGUAGAGGGAGGAUAGAUGGUUUUUCAUGAUGAUACUUUUUCAGUGAGUUUUCUUUUUAGUUGGGUAAUUUGGAAGUAUGAGACCUGUCCCUGUUUUUCCAGAUAAGUGAAAAGUCAGGGAUGAAUUUGCUUUGUAAAACUUUAACGUACCCAAACUGUGAAAAAAAGAAUUGGAGGCAGGGAUUAGGGAAAGGCAGAACAUUCCUUUGCCAAAAAAACUUCAGUAAAAGUGGCUAUGCUGAACUGGAACCAAAAUUAACCUGUUAAGCAAUCUUACUUGAAUAUACGAAACGUUUAUGCAUUUCAAGGGAAUUACAAUUUUUCGAUAUUUUAACUACUUGCUUAUGCCUUCUUAGCUGUCUCUAUAAAGUGGGUGAGCCUAGAACCCAACUUUAAUAAUGUGAUAAUAUAAUGGAAUUUAAGUGCAGUUUAAAACAUUCGCAGAAAUAGAAGCUCUAAAAAAUGUCUCUGUCUUUUCCCUUUCUGUCCUGACACAUGAGUACACAUGCUUUUUUUUUUUCCCUUUCUGCCAGACAGUGUCAAGUGGAUGGCAGUCUGUCAGCCUAGGCAUUCUUAGCCGAACAAAGCCUUCCUUUGGGCCAUUGGCCUGACAGUCUGUAGAAGGUGGCGUGCUGUAUUCCUAGAUCAGUGAUUCCCAAUGUCUGUUUUUUGUUUGUUUGUUUAAACCCUUACCUUCCAUCUUGGAAUCCAUACUGUGUAUUGGCUCCAAGGCAGAAGAGCAGUAAGGGCUAGGCAAUGGGGGUCAAGUGACUUGCCCAGGGUUGCACAGCUGGGAAGUGUCUGAGGCCAGAUUUGAACCUAGGACUUCCCGUCUCUAGGCCUGGCUUUCAAUCCACUGAGCUACCCAGCUACCCCCUAGUUUUGUUGAUCUAGCUUGUCUGCAGUUAUUUCAAAGAGUUGUCAAGAAAUUCUCAAAACCAAACUAAAAUUUGAUGUAGUUUUUUCCCCCCAAGUGUCAUCUUACACCAUAUUUGUUUUCAAGGUGGAAUUAGGUAGGAAGAGGAAGGAGCAGAAAAAGUGGGGAAGGGAGGCAGCAUGUCACCAGCAACUUUUGAGUGCAGCUCCAAAAGGUUGGGAAUCUCUUUUCGAGUUUAUUGGUUUCAAAUACAUAUAAACCUCAACUUUGCCCCCAGUUGAAAUGCACUUAGGGCUCCGUAUCUCUGGAGGGCAACAGUGACAUCCAAUGGCCAGUGAAGACUAUUGGAGUUAAUCUCUGAUAGAUCUCAUGGCAUCCUUCUGAUGUUGUACUGAAUAUUUGUUUUCCUUUUCCUGUUUCAAAAUUAAAAUGGCCACCUUCAUGUUUGGGGUACCAUCCAUUCUGUCCUUGAAAUUUCUUUUGCGGACCCUGAAGAAAUACUGGAGUUUAUUUGCUUGCAAGGUGAUUCUAAGCUCAGCCUGAGGCAAUCCAGUUAAAUUUAUAAAAAGUGGAGAUCUUCCUAAGGCUGUGUCUCAUUCUGCACAGAAUUCCCUGUACCAGUACUGCACUUUAACUGAAACUGUGCCUCUGGUCCUUAGGCUUGCUGUUGGAGCUUAUCACCCACCCAGUUGGAACAGCCAGAGUGCUACUUGCCAUGCCAGGAUGUUUCUCCCCUGCCAAAAGAAGUCCAGCUCUUGUUUCUCACUGUUGCCUUAUCUUACUGAGCCAUCUUUGAUUCUGAUCUUGUCAGAAGCAGCUAAUGGUAGCAAAACUUUAAACAGAGGUUGCUUGUGACGGCAUUCGAAAUUAUUGGCUCUAUAUUUAAGUGAAUCCCAUCGACAUUGAUCUUUCUCUUUCUGUGACCCAUAUAUUCUGUGUAAAGGUAGGAGUAGUCAUACAUCUUAUCCAACUAAUCACACUUUUUCCUAAAUACAUUUUAUAAUAUGGAAAUGUCAUUUUUGGAUUAUGGUAUAAUGUAUAAUUUAUCAUUGUAGAUAUUAUGAGCCUAAAAGUGGAGAAUUGGGGGGGGGGGGCGUAUCUCCGUGUAUAGUUUUAAACCAUACUCCGAAAAAGGUGGCCUUUAUUUUGUAGAUCUUUUUGUUCUGUACAAGUGGACACUUUGGACUGUGUCCUAGAAACUUGAGAUUUCACUCCUUUGUUUUUGACGAUCCCAUCGUUUCCUCAAGUCUUGUCAUUUUCCACAUGUGGGGUCAUUAAGGCACUGGACUGGGCUAUGUUGAAUUCUUUUUAGGGGAAGUUGAAUUAUUUCUUUUCCAAGUAGGAUGGGACCAUACAGUGUUGUUUAAAAUGCUGCUCCUGCUUUAGUGUGAAGGAGAAUAGCUUGGCUUCCACGUUUUGCCCAUAAGAUAUUUCACUUUGGUUCCAUAGAGUGGAGGACACUGAAGUAGAAAUGACAUUUACCUUCACAGAUUUUUACAUACACUGCCUGAGAAGGCUAAUACAUGGCAGUUACCAAGAGAAAUUAAAUGCAUUUCUUUCAAUAGUGUAAUUAUUUGUAUCUAUACCAAGCCAGCAGGGUCUGCUGUGCACCAUGUCCUAUAACUGUAAAUUACCUGGUUUAUAAUUCUAAUGGAAAUUCUAGUUUCCUUUUUGUAAUGGAGUCCAGAACAGAAAUGUAUCAUAUGAUCAGGAACGUCAUACAGUUGUAAAUAAGAUUGUGUCCUGUUUAUUUUGACAUCUUUUUACAGAUACAUUGCAUUAGGGUGUGAAUAUUCUAAACCAUGCUCUUGUUUAAAGUUUUGAAAUUUUUAUUGUUAAAUGUAACACUUUAAUGGUUGUAAUAAUUAUUUGUAUAGAUAUGAAUAUAGUAUUUUAUUUAAGAAAAUAAACUUUGCAAUUUUGCAAUGUAAA